AUGAGGGGACAAGGUCUAGUGGGUGUGGUGGUGUUGGCCGCGGUGCUGGCCGCCUCACUGGCUGGAGAUGUGGAAAUUUAUAGCCCCGAGGCCGCUGAACAGCCGCUGGAGCUGCCAGCCAGCUUCUUGCUCAAGAACCCCAUCUCCUUCAUUGCCCACAUGCACCAUCUCUUUUACGUGCGCAAAGUCGUCCUCAACGCCUCCAUCCCCAUUCACGUGACACGGCUCCUCAAUGCUACAGUCACUCCCGACGAGGAUAAGGGCUAUCGAGCCGUGGGUCAACUCGAGGGCACCGCCCCCCUUUUUGAGUUUAGCUACAGCCCCUUUGGAGCCGCGCCCAUCUUUGCCAUCGAACAUACUGACACCACCCUGCACCCUGCGAGCAUCGACGCCCACGUCCAACAACACUUUCACCGGCCCUCGUUUCUCAUGUUUGUCACGGGCGUGGUGCUGAUGCUCUUGGCUGAGCGCCUGUCCAGGAAUCUGCUCUUUUACUAUGCCAGUACCACGGUCAUGGGCGUGGCAGUGGUCCUCGUGGCCGCCUUGUUCCUUCUCACGCGUGAGCUGAAUCGCCGAGUGAGCACCAUCGGUGCAGCCAUCUUUGGUCUCGGCUCCAUGGUGGCCGGGGCCAUUGGCCUUCAAAUGACCCACCUGCCUUCCACUGCCGACCUGUUGCAAAUGCUCUGGGAGGUGAUUACCUUUGCCUACCCGGAAGAGGCAUGGUCCUACGUCUUUUACGGUGUGGUCGGCCUCUCCUUUAUCAUCAGCUACUACUUUGGACCCCCGUCCGUCCAAACCCGUUCCACCCUGGCCGUCGCCUUCAAAAUGAUCGCCGGCUGCCUCAUCCUGGCUGGCAUCCAGGACCGCGGCUUCGGUUUGGCCGUGGUGCUCGUCUUGUUGAUCGUCACCUACUUUCACAGUACUGCUGAUCAUGACGAUACACCGGCACCCGUAUUCUCGCCCGCCUCUCCACCCGCUGCUUCAACUCGCCCGGCCCCUCACUUCCAAACCACCUCAUCAGUACCCCCAAGUGCUCAGCGCCCGACUUCCUUUGCCACCCCAGCAUCCACGCGGGCCAAAGGCCCCGCCGUGCGCCUGCAGCGCCUGCGCGACGAGAUUCUGGACAGCCCGAUCCGUGUCCGCCAUCACAUUGAGUCUAAUUUACGGCACCCCGAUAAGUUUCUCGACUACCUGGACGGCGACGAGGCAAUCACAAACCGAGAAUACCUCGAAUAUAGCCGCCUUUUCAAUGAGGGCACGGAGAAGAUGAGCACCCCCAGCAUUCCCGCUUCCAACCCCCGCCGCCCUGUGGCCACCGCUAUUCCCCCUGUUACCGGCCACCUCUUCUCAGAGGACGAAGAGGACACCAGUGCUGCCAAUCAAAGCCAAACUCGGCAGAGGCUCCGGCGCGUUACAGCGCCGCAGCCGCGGGUCACCAGAACCACACGCUCAGAUCAGCUCUUUUCAGAUAAUGAAGAAACCGAGCAAGAAGAACUGGAUGAAAGCAUUGACGCUCCGCCAUCGCUGCCUGCUGCGCGGGCCCCAGCGAAGCGCAAGUGGACGGUGGCAGAAUUGGAGUCGAUGAGUAACAAGGACCUUCGAAAGGAGCUCUUGCAAAUUGGGACCAACAUUCCCGUGACCUCGGCGGUUUGUAUCGCGCAUGUCAUUCAGGGAGCAGUGAAUCAGGCAUACAGGCAGCCCAUCAGAGUCCGCGACUGGUCGAUCGCCAAAACUUAUGAAACAUGCUUGACCUCCUGGUGGUCAUCGCCAUUUGCUGUGUGUGGAUAG